GGGGGGGCAGGCCGGGCAUCCCGCCAGAGAGCGGCCAAGCAGCGGAGGAGGAGGAGGGCGGCUCGGUGUCUCUGCCUCGGCCUUAGCGGGGAGGAAGGCGAAGAGGAGCCCGAGAGGAGCCCGGCCUUGGAGCCCGGCAGAGACAGAGAGAGACCCCCAGCUCAUUCUGCAAAGGACUGAAGGCUUUGCCCUGACACUGUGAAGGUCCACCAUGUCUGACAGGAAGGCUGUGAUCAAAAAUGCGGACAUGUCUGAAGAUAUGCAGCAGGAUGCUGUCGAUUGUGCCACGCAGGCGAUGGAAAAGUACAACAUAGAGAAGGACAUUGCAGCAUAUAUCAAAAAGGAAUUUGACAAGAAAUACAACCCCACCUGGCACUGCAUUGUGGGCAGGAAUUUCGGCAGCUAUGUAACGCACGAGACGAAGCACUUCAUCUAUUUCUAUUUGGGCCAGGUUGCGAUCCUGCUCUUUAAGUCAGGCUAGGAGGCGGAUGACAGUGGUGGAUGAGGAACACGGUGGAUGCGGGACACGGACUGUAGUGCACUGAAGAAAGUGGGGGCCUAGCCCCCUUCGCCAUGGCUGUGCCGCUGCAUGGACUGUAUACUAUAUUAAAUGUGUAUAUGUUGCAGUAAAAAAAAACCCACCUAAAGUUCUGUUCAUAUUUUUGUUGUUGCCUGUGAGAAGAAAGGCAGCAAAUUUUUUUCCUCCCCAUCCUUUUAAUUUGUUUUGGGUUCUUGCUCUAUUUUCUUUUUUAUUUCUGUUCCUUUGCACUAGGAGAACUGUAAAAUGCUUCAUCCAUGGCCUUUAAGUGGGAAAAAAGAAAUAAUGAUGAUGAUGAAUAAAUAAUAAAAAAGAGAGAACCUUUAAUUCCACAAAAAGAAAUCCUUUGUUUGAACUUCCUUGCAAAAUCAUCAAAAUAAAGGGGGAAUAAAUUGGGGGAAGGGGCUUUGAAUUUGAGUAAGGUUCCCAACCUCCCCCCCCCCCCAUUCUUUCUAGUCCUCUCCAAAUGACCACUGCAAAAAGUCAUCUUAUUCGUGAAAUGAGACGACGUCCUGGACGUUGUGUCGGCCCCAAUUCUCCCAACUUUUGCAGAUCAGAAAAAUGAAGCUUUGUGAUUUAGUUAUGAGCUAGAAUUCAUUUAAAGUGUGUUUCCAAACCGGUUGUCGGUCCAGUCUUGCCUUGCCUCUUGAGUUUUAGGAGCAUUUUUGCUGGGCCUAACGUGAUCUGGCUUCUCUCCCACUCUGUCCCUCUUUCGAGUCAGCGUUGCCUUAUUGUGACUCGCUUUAUUUUCCCCGUCGUGAGGGGAAAUACCCGUCCAAACCCAGUGGCUUGGUGUCGCUGUUGUUGUGUUCGGUCUGUCUGUCUUUACUGAAGGCCAUCAUCUCUAAAGGCGGAAUAUUAUUUUUUAAUUUUUUCUUUCUCCCUUCUCAAUGCUUACGACGAAUCGUUCAGAAGCAGAUGCAGAAAUAGCUGAAGAACAUUCUUUCUCUUUCUAGCCUCUUUACUGUAUAGCUAUGUAUUUCAGGUUUGAUUGCAGUCAUGUUGAAUUGCUUUUCCUCUUUUUAAGGGGCCAGGUUAAUUCCUAAGCAGCAAUUAUAGCUUGAGCAAGUUAAAAAAGUUAAAUAACUUAAAGUUUGGAAGUAGGGAUGGCAGUUUCUCCCCUUUGGCGUCACUGAAGAGUAAGAGAAUCAUUAGGAAAUGCUAUCUGUUACCCUGUUCCCCCCAAAAUAAGACAUCCCCUGAAAAUAAGACCUAGUAGAGGUUUUGCUGAAUUGCUAAAUAUAAGGCCUCCCCUGAAAGUAAGAUCUUGCAAAGUUUUUGUUUGGAAGCAUGCUUCUUCCUGGUGGCUGGAAGCUGCAAUACCGUCCCUGCUGUACAAAUGUGCUAUUGUUAUAGUCUCCUGACAGUGUUUGGGAGCCAGGUACUUUACACUCCUUAUUUUUGGUGGCCCUGUGUGUGAGGGCCAGUAUAUUUAUUAUAUACUGACAACUGUACAGUAAAUAAUAAAUGUUCAUUUUUUUGGUUCAACAAUAAAUGUGAAUUCUUCAUGGAAAAUAAGACCUAGCGCAUCUUUGGGAGCAAAAAUUAAUAUAAGAUACUGUCUUAUUUUCCGCGAAACAGGGUAAGUUAGAAAAUUGACCCCUGAGCUUGGAUUGUGAAAAUAUUGGCAUCCAUCCACGCUUUUAUAUCUUGGAGUCAGUGGGAAGAAACGCAUGGCCAUUUUCCAUUUUCUGCCCCUCUUUUCUUGAAACUAUCCCUUUCUGAGAAACAGCAAAACCCAAAGUGAUGCCUAGAACCUUGUAAAAAACUCCAGUGAAACCAUCCUGUAAAAAAAAGCAAACAAACCAAACGUAUGAAAUUGAUGUUGCUGUUAUAUUAUUCCAUGUUGGCUGCGAUUGAAAGGGGGGGAGUGGGGUGGGUGGUGCCUUGGAUUAAACUGGGCUGCCCCAGUUUUUGUCGCGUUUGUAACAAGAACCCCACUCCUGUUCCGAAAAGGCGAAUGUUCCCUCCUUAACCCUCUUUUUCCUUUUUUAAUUUUUUUCAUGCAUGAGUCUUAACCUGUCAAUAUGCUCACACUUCAUGGAGUGCAAAUUAAAAAAAUACCCCAAAUGGCAUCCCCUUCCUAACUGCAGUUGCUCAAAACAAACCUUUUUAUUUUUCAAAGACAUUAAAAAAGAAUUGACACAUUUAAGAA